AUGGCGGCAACAAUUAAUGAAACGGAUGAUGAUGAUGGGCUAGCCGUGUUGGCCAUCAAGGCUCGUAUAACCAGUGAUCCCUUUCAUGUUAUGAGCUCCUGGAAUGAAUCCGUCCCCUAUUGUGAGUGGCCAGGCAUUAUCUGUGGUGGUCGCCAACAUCCAAAUAGGGUUAGAGCCUUGCGUUUACCGUCCAAUGGGUUGGUGGGAUCGUUGGCUCCAGAAAUAGGAAACCUUAGUUUCCUUCGAGCGAUUUUGCUCUUCAACAACAGCUUCCAUGGUGAAAUCCCUGGUGAAGUAAGCUUUCUUUCCAGGCUUCGUUGUUUACAUCUAUUCAACAAUUCAUUUGAAGGGGAAAUCCCACCCAACAUAUCACGUUGCUCCAACCUUAUGGAACUCCAUUUAGGUUACAACAAUAUUAUGGGGAAAAUUCCAGUAGAACUUGGCUCCUUGUCCGAGCUUCAAUGUCUUUCCUUACAUUUCAACAAAUUAAUGGGACAGAUCCCACCUUCCAUUGGGAAUCUUUCAUCAUCCCUUGACACCAUUUCCGCAGUAUCCAAUGAUUUAAGCAGAAGUAUUCCAGAUUCCCUUGGCCAAUUGACAAGAUUAACAUUUCUCGAACUUUCUUUUAAUAAUUUGUCUGGUACUAUCCCUCCCACUAUAUAUAAUAGCCUUUCCUCACUUGUUGUUUUUGGGGUUGCAAAUAAUCUACUUCAAGGGAGUCUUCCACCAAAUUUAGGCUUCAGUCUUCCUAAUCUAUGGUCAUUUUUAUUUUUUGAUAACCAGUUUCAUGGACCAAUUCCAAUUUCUGUGUCCAGUAUGUCGAAGCUUGAAUACAUUGUUAUUGGCGGAAACAGUUUUACUAGGACAGUGGAUAUCCAUUUUGGAGGCCUAUCAAAACUAUAUUGGCUUUCAUUUUACUACAAUCAUUUUGGAAGUGGAGAGGCCAAUGACCUGAAAUUUGUCAAUACAUUGACCAACAGUAGUAGAUUAACAAUUUUGGACCUUCAAGACAAUCGGUUUGGUGGCGUGCUUCCCAACUCCAUAGCAAACUUAUCGACCCAAAUGACAAACCUCUAUUUGUUAGGAAACAAAAUAAUUGGAGACAUCCUAGUGGGGAUAGGGAACCUUGUAAGUUUACAAAUCUUGUGCUUAUCCAAUAACUUAUUAGAAGGAAAUAUUCCGACUUCAAUUGGGAGACUUCAGAUGCCUCAGAAACUCUAUUCAGGUGGAAAUAGUUUCACAGGGCCAAUCCCUUCUUCUCUUGGAAACUUGACACCAUUGAUUGAGCUCUAUUUAGAUGAUAAUCGAUUGCAAGGAAAAUUACCUUCAAUUAUUGGAAAAUGCCAAUAUUUGUUACGCUUGGGCCUUUCCGGUAAUAGUUUACAUGGUGUCAUCCCCAAAGAGAUAUUUGAUCUUUUCACAUUAAUAGUGCUAACCUUGAGUAGAAAUUCAUUCUCUGAUUCUCUACCUUUGGAAGUGGGUCAAGUGACCAAUCUUGAAAUCCUGGAUGUUUCUGAGAACAUGUUGUCUGGGGAAAUCCCUAGCACACUUGGUACUUGUACAAGCCUAGAGCACCUUUUUAUGGAUGGUAACUUAUUUCAAGGAUCUAUACCAUCGUCUUUGAGUUCUCUAAGAGGUCUUCAAGAUUUAGGUCUUUCACACAACAACUUCUUUGGUUUGAUCCCAAAAUAUUUGGGUACUUUUAAGUUUUUACAAAACUUAAAUUUAUCAUUUAAUCAUUUGGAGGGUGAGGUAUCAGUAGAUGGAGUCUUUCAAAAUUUGAGUGCAAUUUCAGUCAAAGGAAACAAUAAGCUUUGUGGAGGUAUACCAGAACUUCAUUUGCCAGCAUGCCAUACUCAAAAGUCAAAAGAAGAUGGUAGGCAUCAUGUUUUCAAGCUGGUAGUCAUCAUAUGUGGUUGUAGGGGCUCUCUAUGUUUGAUUUUUGUGAUUGUUUUUUUCAUUAUCUACGGGAGAAGAAAAGAAAAUAAAGAAUCCACUUUAUUUUCUAUUGGGGCUCGUCAUUUUAAGAUCUCUUAUGCCCAACUCCUUAAAGCUGCUGAUGGAUUUUCUUCUGCAAAUUUGAUUGGAGUUGGGAGUUUUGGUUCCGUGUACAAAGGAAUUCUCAAUCAUGGGGAAACUGUUGUUGUAGUAAAGAUCCUCAACAUUAGACAAAGAGGUGCUUCCAAGAGUUUCAUGGUUGAAUGUGAAUCCCUUAGAAACAUCCGCCAUCAUAAUCUUGUAAAAAUCAUAAUAUCUUGCUCAAGUAUAGAUUUUGAAGGCAAUGAUUUUAAGGCUUUAGUAUAUGAGUUCAUGCCUGGUGGGAAUUUGGAGAGUUGGUUACAUCCACAUGCAAAUGGCAUACAAGAUGAUCCAAGAAAUUUAAACCUUGUUCAAAGAUUGAAUAUUGCCAUUGAUAUGGCAACUGCUUUGGAUUAUCUUCACCACCGUUGUCAUAUGCAAAUUAUUCAUUGUGAUCUAAAGCCAAGCAAUAUUCUUCUCGAUCGUGAUCUGAUUGCACAUUUGGGUGAUUUUGGGAUAUCAAAAAUACUUUCAAAAACAACAAGUCGAUUUCAAAAUCACACAUGCUCAAUCGGAAUAAAGGGAUCGAUUGGAUACAUUGCACCAGAAUUAUUGGAAAUGAGGCCUGCGGUUGCCCGUAAUAUGGAUGCGGUUGACACUGCUUGA